AUGGAUGCCGAGUCCGAGGAAGAGGAGCCGAUGGACUGGGAGUUCGACAUCGAGCCGAAGCCGGAGCCCAUGGAACAGGAGCUAGAACCUGAGGAUGAUUCCGAGGGAGAGUCAGUGGACGCCGAGUCUGAGCCGGAUUCGAUGGAUUCUGAGCCUGAGUUAUCUGAUGACUCGACUGAGCAGGCUCAAGAAAGGACUGCCACCAUUGCCCAAGCUGUUGAGGCCACAGCUGGUGCUACUGUUAAUGGAAACCAGGCCAAUCAAGGGCAGGCCCCAGUGGUUGUAAAUAGGCUGAUGCACCAACUGGUAGAGCAGUUCCUAAAGUUAAAGCCGCUAAAGUUUGAUGGAAAGGGUGACCCCGAGGCCGCGCCAUGUUGGGUGGAAGAGCUGGAGAAGGCCUUUGAGGCCACUAGGGGAAGAGUGUUCCCUGAGGGUGUCGCUCAGACUUGGGUCGUGUUUUCUGAGAACUUUUAUGGAAAAUUCUUCUCUGAGAGUGCUAGGGAAAGGAAACUAGCAGAGUUUAUAAGACUCCGCCAAGGCCAAAUGACUGUGGAUCAGUAUGAGGCAAAGUUUGCUAGACUGUCUAAGUUUGCACCAAUGAUGGUAGAGAAUCCUGAGGACAAGGCGCAAAGGUUUCGGGAUGGACUAAAAGUCGACAUUCGCACUCAGUUGAUUCCGGUGAAUUUGAGAACUUAUGAGGACUUAUAUAAGAGAGCUCAGGCUAUUAAGCGGGAUCAAGUGGACAGGGUAGCAGCUUCUAGGUCGCGAGCCCAGAAGAGCAUGAGGAACAUCUGGCAGAAGUACUACGAACCUUAA